CACACUAAUGAACGGUAGCCGUAGUACCUGUAAAUCCAUGUACAUGUAAAUCAAGAGUUCAGACGCAAGCCCCACACCAAACUACGGGAUGUACGCGGGCUGUAGUUCACAGGGUUCAGAAAUAAAGGUGCUGGCGAAAUGUGUGGCCAAUCAGGUUUGCCGCAUAAAAAAUUGCGACAAGUACUCCCUAAUGCUAAGCAAAGAAACUUCUAGUGCUCGUCCGUGCUGUUGCCGUCUCCUGUGAUAAGAGUUUUUGCUGUUAGUAUUAUUGAGUAUGGAGUACCAACUAGCUGAAACCCUCACGUUGCGAUCAGAAAUAAUUUGUCGUGCUCGGCCUAAACAUAAUGGGCACUCUUUAUUAAUGCAACGGCGCUGAAUAAUAAUGUAAAUUAAAACAAUUUCAAUAGGCUAAGCUGAUGGAGUAGUUCGGCUACAAUGUUGAAGUUCACAACGUUACUACUGAUGACGGCUACAUCUUGGAAGUGGACAGGAUGCGUUCCAACUCGACGAUUAACGCUACGGGUAACGCCACGACAAGGCGGACGCCGAUGCUGCUUGUCCACGGACUGCUCACCAACGCGGCUACCUGGACAGCGAACCUACCUUCUCAAAGUCCAGGAUUUCUCUUGGCAGAUGCCGGAUUUGAUGUAUGGCUCGUAAACACCAGAGGUGUCCCGCAGUCAAAUCGCCAUGUAAAUCUCACCACGAAGGACAAAGACUUCUGGAAGUGGAGCUUCGAGCAGAUUGGCACGCAGGACCUUCCGGCCGUUAUUGACUACAUCCUGAAUAAGACAGGAUUCACCAAGGUGGGCCUCCUGACAACGUCGCAGGGGACAACGGUGUCGCUAGUGCUUCUCUCGAUGCGACCAGAAUACAACACGAAGGUGAACAUCCUCGUCAGCUAUGCUCCCGUGGCAAACGUCACGCACUUCACGUCGCCGAUGAGGCAUCUCACUUCAUUCUCAAGGCUAGUCAAGAUGGUGAACGACUUCUUCACGCACGGUGGGUUCUUGGUCACGAGCAAAGCACGGCAAAGGAGACUCGCCAAGUUUUGCGACUUCCGAUUCUUCCGUAAUUUUUGCUACAAACCACUGGCCUUCCUGUACGGAAAGAAUCCGAAGCAGUACAACAGUACGAGGGUGCCUGUCUACGUGACAAACUUACCUGUGGGCUCCUCCAGCCAAAACUUGCUCCACUAUGCCCAGAUGUACAAGGCGAAGAACUUUGUCAGAUUUGAUUACGGGACGGAGAAGAAUAAGGAACAAUAUAAACAGGAGCGUCCACCACCUUAUCCUUUGGAAAACAUCACUGCUCCCUUUGCAAUCUAUCAGGGAAGGGGUGACAUCUUCGCUAAUCCCCAAGACGUGCACGACCUUGCCGAGCGUCUGCGAUGCAUCCUCGUGGUGAAUGAGACGGUGCCGGAUCCCACAUUCGGUCACCUCGAUUUCAUCUACGGCUAUAAUGCUACUGACAUUCUCCACCGCCACAUGAUAAACCUGGUCACGAACUGCACCACCACCGGUGUAGACUGUAAAAAGUUCAUCCCGAGCUCGGUACAACAAACCUGUAACACCAUAGCCGCCUGUUAGGGCGAGCCUUAUAUGUCUCGUGAGUCUAGAGGCUUCUCGAGACUUUGCGAGACUUGACGAUAUUUUGCGAGACUUUGUUGGCGGCUGCGUCAACAGGACUGA